AAUGGGGCGGAGGGGGCCGGCGCUAGAGGCCGGUGCCCAAUGGGGGCAGCGAGCGGCGCUCGGGAGCGGAGGGCGGCGGAGCUCGGGCUGGAGCCCCAGCGCUGUCCCGCCGGACCCACCUGCAGCCCGGGCCAGAAGCCGCCAGGAUGCCGCUCGCCCAGCUGGGAGAUCCCUGGCCCAACAUGGAGCUGGUGCAGCUGGACACGGAGAAUGGGCAGGUUGCACCAGAAGAAGGUGGGAGACAUCCAUCAAAGGCGAAAUCGGACAUAUCUUGGAUAGAGGAAGACGUUGUAGACUCAGCAGAUAAGGAUGAAGGUAUCGUGAAAGAAAUUAACAUCACACACCAUGUGAAGGAGGGCUCUGAGAAGGCUGAUCCUUCGCAGUUUGAACUUCUCAAAGUUCUGGGCCAAGGCUCUUUUGGCAAAGUCUUUUUAGUAAGAAAAAUCACCCCACCUGACAAUGGCCAACUCUAUGCCAUGAAGGUACUGAAGAAAGCAACCUUGAAAGUGCGUGAUCGCGUAAGGACAAAAAUGGAAAGGGACAUCUUAGCUGAUGUGAACCAUCCCUUUGUGGUGAAACUGCACUAUGCAUUCCAGACAGAGGGCAAACUCUAUCUCAUCUUGGAUUUCUUGAGAGGAGGAGAUCUUUUCACUCGGCUUUCCAAAGAGGUAAUGUUCACUGAGGAAGAUGUGAAGUUCUACCUAGCUGAGCUGGCUUUGGGGCUUGAUCAUUUACACAGCCUGGGAAUCCUAUACCGAGACCUCAAACCAGAGAACAUCCUCUUGGAUGAAGAAGGACACAUCAAACUCACAGAUUUUGGUUUGAGUAAAGAAGCCAUUGAUCAUGAGAAGAAAGCAUAUUCCUUCUGUGGGACAGUGGAAUAUAUGGCACCAGAAGUUGUGAAUCGUCAGGGCCACACCCACAGCGCUGACUGGUGGUCAUAUGGUGUAUUAAUGUUUGAGAUGCUCACUGGCUCCCUGCCAUUCCAGGGAAAAGACCGUAAGGAGACAAUGACCUUCAUUCUCAAAGCAAAGCUGGGCAUGCCUCAGUUCCUGAGCUCCGAAGCACAGAGUCUCCUGCGAGCCCUUUUCAAAAGAAAUCCAGCCAACAGAUUAGGUUCUGGUACAGAUGGGGCAGAAGAGAUAAAGCGUCACCCUUUCUACUCCACCAUUGACUGGAAUAAGCUAUAUCGCAGGGAGAUCAAACCACCUUUCAAACCUGCAGUGGCACGACCAGAUGACACCUUUUAUUUUGACACAGAGUUCACCUCUCGUACGCCGAAAGACUCCCCUGGAAUUCCCCCGAGUGCGGGGGCCCAUCAGCUCUUCCGAGGGUUCAGUUUUGUGGCAACUGGAUUGAUGGAGGAUGGCAUGGUCAAACCUACCCAGGCACCUCUGCAUUCUGUGGUACAGCAGCUGCAUGGCAAGAGUCUCCAGUUUAAUGAAGGCUACGUAGUGAGGGAGACAAUCGGUGUGGGCUCCUAUUCAGUGUGUAAACGCUGCAUUCAUAAAUCCACCAACAUGGAAUAUGCCGUCAAGAUCAUUGAUAAGAGUAAACGAGACCCUUCUGAGGAAAUGGAGAUCCUCCUGCGGUACGGGCAGCAUCCAAACAUCAUCACACUGAAAGAUGUGUAUGAUGAUGGGAAGCAUGUUUUCCUGGUGACUGAGCUGAUGAGAGGAGGGGAGCUGCUGGACAGGAUCCUCAGACAGAAGUGUUUCUCUGAGCGGGAGGCCAGUUCUGUGCUGCACACGAUCUGUAAAACUGUAGAGUAUCUGCAUUCUCAAGGGGUAGUUCAUCGAGACUUGAAACCCAGCAACAUUCUCUACGUGGAUGAGUCUGGAAACCCAGAGAGCAUUCGCAUUUGUGACUUUGGCUUUGCCAAGCAGCUGAGAGCUGAGAAUGGCCUUCUCAUGACCCCUUGCUACACUGCAAACUUCGUGGCCCCUGAGGUACUAAAACGUCAAGGCUACGAUGAGGGAUGUGACAUCUGGAGUUUAGGGAUACUCCUCUAUACGAUGCUGGCAGGAUACACUCCUUUUGCAAAUGGGCCCAGUGACACCCCAGAGGACAUCUUGAGCCGAAUAGGCGGGGGGAAGUUCACUCUCAAAGGAGGAAAUUGGGACACGGUUUCUGAGGCAGCCAAGGGUCUGGUUACAAAGAUGCUCCAUAUUGAUCCUCAUCAGCGCCUGACAGCCAAACAAGUUCUGCAGCAUCCCUGGAUAACACAGAAGGAUAGGUUACCCCAGAGCCAGCUGAGUCACCAGGAUGUACAGCUUGUAAAGGGAGCCAUGGUUGCAACAUACUCUGCAUUAAAUCGCUCCAAGCCAAGCCCCCAGCUGAAGCCCAUUGAGUCAUCCAUUCUGGCACAGAGGCGGGUGAAGAAGCUCCCCUCCACCUCACUGUAGUGGGAAGCCUGGGCAGUCCAUGCCAUUGCUGUGCAGUGCUGUCACUCCUGACAUUGCACAAGCUGCUGAAGAUGGGAAGCAGGGAAACGGGCAGGAAAACAACGCAUGAAAGGAAGCCCAUUUGCAAACUGUCUUCCUCCAAAUCAUGUCAAGGCCAAGUGCCUUUUUCCUUCUGAAAGACUAGUUCUUCUCUUCGUGGACUCGCCUGUCCUGAUAGAAGUUCACUGUAAAACCUUUUUUUAAAAAGUGUAAAUUGAUACAAUUUUUAAAGGGAUGCAUUUGUGAAUAUGAGAACUAGAAUGUAUAAUCCGCGUAAUGAUGUCACGAAAGAGCAAAUCUGAUUUGUCUUUUCCUGUGAAGGGCCUGACCUUGGUUCUAGACACAUCACCUUUCACAGCUGAUUUGGGGUUCAGGGCUGGUGCAGCUGGAAGUCUGACCCUUUUUUUUUUUCCCUCAAAUUUUUUGUACCCUCCCCAAUGUCAAACUAGCAGCUGUUCUUUCCAGAACCACCUGUUAAAGAAGUCACCGCAUUUUUGUGUACAGUUUGUAAAACCAGUUCUUAAAUUUAAUCCUGUAGGUUUUGGUUUCCCCCACAUGACUUCUAUAAGAGUGCAUAAGCCAUUUUAAGCACCUACUUGGUUAAACUGUCCCAGAUAUCUGCAGGGUUUGGACCAUUCUUCCUCUUUCCCCCAACAUUCAUUCAGGAUUCUGUCGGAUGAACAGGUGCUGAUAGGGAAGAAAUAUUCUCUGUUACGAAGUCAAGUCUUUCUGGGUUGGCUUUGGUUUCUUUCUUUUUUUAUUCCUGUUUCACUUAGCACCAUCCAGGAAUCCAUGAUGCAAAGCAAAAUCUUUUUUUCAUUUUUUAAUUUAAUUUUGUUCUACGGCUGGUAACUCAGGGUUUCUGUCAGAACUUUAUAAUAAACAUGUCAUUCAGUUGAAGUUAUUUUACUGGCUGAAUGUUCACCCAUCCCUUUAGCUACAGAAUAAGCUAUGCUAGUCACUGCUCCUCUCUUUUGAAAUGGGGAUGAUGGUAUUUGCCUGCCUUUUGUAAAGUAUUUUGACAUCUACAGAUGAAAAGCUGUGUGUAUAAAUGCAUUUCUUCUCCCCAGGUGUCUCAGUGAUAGGGGAACUCAGUGCUGCUAACAGCUAUAUUAUGCCAUCUUCACUCAAGUUUAGAACUCACUCUGCAACUGAAAUUGUUAGGAUUAAUUGAGGAAUAAGGCACUAAUCAACAUUAAGGGUGGCAGAAUCUGGCCUGUAGAGGGGAAACUCUUAUUUACAGGAACUAAAUAUCACAAUCUUAAUAGAAAUCAGCCCUCAGAGACGACAGUAACUCCUCACUUAAAGCUGCAUUUUUCAGGAACAUAACUAUGUUAAGUGAAAUAAUGUUAAAUGAAUCCAAUUUUCCCAUAAGAUUUAAUGUAAAUGGGGUUAGGUUCCAAGGAAAUUUUUUGGGGGAAGACAAAAGGUAUUCUGUACUGUACUGUGUUUGGGAAGUGCCCCUGGCUUGCCCCACGCAGGCAAGGACACGAGGAAGCACUUUCGCAGCAGCAAUGGCAGCUUACCCAGAGAAGAACAGGCGCUGACUUUGCAGGGGAUGCUCCAGGCUCACCUCUUCCCAUCCCGCUCCGCUCCAGCUCCUCCUCUUCCCACCCCCACUCCACCUCCUCUUUGGAGCAUGCCACAUCCCCGCUCCUUCUCCCCCCGCCCCGAAAGCCCUAAGCGCCUCCAAACAGCUGUUUGGUGACACUUAGGACUUUCUGGGAGGGAGGGGGGAGGAGUGGAGAUGCAGCACUUCCACAUUCUCCCCCCCCCCCCGAAAGUCCUAAGCGCCACCAAACAGCUGUCUGGCGGUGGGGGAAGUGUUGGGAGGGAGAGGGAGGAGGCGGAGAAAAGGAAAUUGUGCGAUACUCCCUUGUAAGUUGCUGCUCUUCCACAAAAUCUUACAAGCAAUGGACAGAGCAGGCAGCCAAACAACAUUAUAAGGGAGCAUUGCACAACUUUAAACUAGCAUGUUCCCUAAUUGAGCAGUGAUGUAACUUUGAAACAAUGUUAAGCGGGAGGACGUUAAGUGAGGAGUUACUGUACUUCUAGCCCUGCUCAUCUGAACUUUUUGAGUCCUUCUGGACCCUUAGAUAUUGUGGUAUUGAGACCUAGAUUCCUAGCUGCCUUGUAUAUCCUGGGUGCCUCCCUCCCUUGGGGGGGUGUGUGUGUGUGUGUGUGUGUGUGUGUGUGUGGAUCCUCAAUGAGAAGAGCUGGGGAAAUCUUGAAAUAACUAUAUAAGGAUGGCUUCCAGGUCUGAACUGAGCAACUCUCUUCAGUGUGUGAAUCUCAGCUGUGUUUACUGCUCAUGAGAACAGAGAAGUGCCAACUUUCCUUGGUUUGCCCCAGUGGACUCUCUACUGGGAGUCCUCCAAUUUAAAAUUUUCCUUUUCCUUGCAGCAAUACAACAGCACAAGUAUCUUUCUCCCUUCAGUUACUCUGAAUAGCCCCUCACACUUGCCAUUUAUUCUGAAGCCUUGCUGUUGAGAUGUCCACUCGCUAUUCCCAGCAACACAAGUCCAUCUAUUAGGGUAUGUCUACAUGGGGAAAUUGACCAGCAUAGCUACAGCAAAAUAAUUAUUCUGCUAUUGCUAUGUCAUUUUAACUCCCCCAUACUUUGGAAGUUGGAAGCAGAGUAAUUAAUCUGGAGUAAGAGUGACUCUUACUCCAGAUUAAUUACUCUGCUUCCAAUUUCCAAAGCAUGGGACUGUUUUACAAUGGCAUGACUACAGUGAAAUAGUCAUUCUGCUCUAGCUAUGCUGGUCAAUUUCCCUGCCUAAACAGAACUGACUUUCCUCAGGGACAUCAGAAGAUUUAAGCAAUGAGGGCAAUGGAGUUAUGCCUGCUUGAAUCUAGCCUUGAUCCAUAGUUUAGUGGUGGGUGGUUUGGGUCCUUUGCAUGUAACGGCUUCUUUAAAAAUUCUUUUCCCUUCUGGUUUGUCUCAAGUCUGGCACACCCCGGUGUGGUGUCUCUUGUAUCCAUGCCAACAAGGCUGCCUUACGUUACUACUCCUCCUCUGUGCAUCAGCGUCUGUGUCAAUACAAAUGUGUUAGUUAGGAAUCAGAUAAACUGUUUGGUGUGUGGGGCCACUCACCUUGAACUUUUGGUAUGUUGCCCAAACUGUUAGCUGUAGACAGUAUCAAUUUAUUGACAACAAGAGAUUGAAGCAUAAAUGUUCUUGGAAUGUAGAGGAUACUUCCCAGCCAACUUUGGGGUUGAAACUUUCCACUCUAAGCAGCUUGAACGUGUUUGAAAUGUUGCUUAUAUUCACCACUUGCAGUGAGCCUCAGAACAACAUGGAGGGUCUGGAGCAGGUCUAGAAACCAAUAUUUGUCCUGCUUGAAAGGUGGUCUAACAAUCACAAUUUCAUAAGGUCAUCACAUAUGCACUCUGAUACAAUAGUUAUUUAAGCAGGAUGGACACCUAAGCCCCCACAGAAUCCUCCCCACAGGGGUACUGUUGUAUUAAUUUAGAUGGAAUACGGGGGCUAAAGGUGUUAACAUAACCCAGUCGCUGUCCAACAUUUAAAUAGUGUUAAACAAGGUUCAGGGUUUGGUAUACAGAGACAUCAGCCACCUUUAGACAUGGAAAGAUACAGAAAAGGAAAAACAGCAUUUGAAAUGUGAAGUAUUAAGUAAGGCUUUCAAUUUUUACAACAUUUCUUGUUCCCAUUCCUUUUCCCUUUAGCUGGAGAGAAUUUUAGAAGGACAACCCCCUUUGUCUGACAGUCUCUUAGACUUAUUAACGAUAGUAAUAACUGUCCUUUUGGGGAAAAAAGAGAAGAAGUUAGCUCAGAUGAGCUGGAACAGUUCUUGAAGUCUAAUCUCAUUUCCUCCCAGCUGGUGGUUGGGAUCUAGCUGGACCUGGUAAGGCUGGCAAUGCUAUAUCAGGGUCCCUCUCUCUGGCUUGGUCUAGUCAGGACUGCUCAGGAUUAGGAUGAUGAAGGUCCGGGGUCCCAGGAGAUGGUGGGAGUGACAGCAUGAUGGAGAAGCUCAUUUCACUUUCCUCCAUCUGUUCUUCUGUAUUCUGCCCCAAAAUCUUUCUUUAAGGACUUACAAAGGAAAUGGUGGGUAGAAUAGUCCAUCGCCUCAUUAUUUUGUCAUCAAAUAAGCCUAAUAUCCAACACCCCACUUUUGGUUCAUUAAUUUCCAGCCCCACAUCUUGUUUUUACCCAGCAUGAUUUCAGCAUAGUCCUGGGGUUAUAUCAACAUGGCCUCUUGUUUGCAAUGAUUUAGUCCCUGUCUGUUUCUUUUGCACCCGUUUAUAACAUUCAUUACUGAAAACAACUUGACCUACUUUCCAUCAACACUUGUUAAAGUUAUCCUACCAUCUUAUAAACGUCUUACAACUGAGCUUACAAUUACGGAAAAUUUGUAGGCCCAAUUGUCACAACGGUACUCGAGUCAAUCCUACUGGCCUGAUGGCUGAAAAGCAGUGAUAUCCCACCAAUUUUGGGAUAAUGGUAUAUCCAGCAAUGGGUAUUCAGUAUGUGCAAGGAGUACCACUUAAGGUAGCUGAGGAUACCCUACUAUGCACUGCCUAACUUGCAUAUGCAAAUCCUCCACAAUAAUACUGAAUUUACUUAACUGCCUUGCUAACUUGAUUCCAAAGUACUUUUUAUAUAUCUCAGCUCCAUAGCCCUUGAAACUUAUAUUCUUCUUCAAGUUUCCUCUGCAUAUUUCCACUCUUGGGACAUGUGCUGAUCAUUGUUGUUGAAUGAUGCAGCCUUCUACUAGUAGUGCCUGAGCCUUUGCUUGCAUGCUCCUCUCUUCCCCCAACUCUGUGUCUGAAUGUGUUCUGAGGGCGUGGUUAUAAAAGGCGGCACAGCAGGUGUGGACACCUCAGUUCUUUCCAGCAGCUACCAUGGACAGAUGAGAGCCUUCAGGAUUCAAGAUCCUUAUUGAUUGACAUAAGUGCCUUGCUUCUGUCUGUAAAUAGUUAAUUACUAUAGCAUUAGGUUUAGCUGUUAUGGGAAUGGCAGAUCCAAAGAGCAAGAAGCACAGAUUCAAGUGAUGUGCAUCGUGUCUUGCAGUUUUUCCAGCCUCAUGCUUAGAGUGUCCCUCUCUAAAGAUCUUUUCUCGAUGCACUCUCUCUGGGACAUUUACACUUCGAGCUAAGAAGGAGAGGCAGAACUGACUUCAGGCCCUCCUUUUACAAGAAUCAUUGUUGGCCAAAAAAAAAACAAACAGAA